GGGCAGUAAGAAACGUUUUCUAUGGUGGUUUAAAACUUUAGUGAUAUUUAACAAUAAUAAAGACUUGCGUAUGCAGUUUAUCAUUUGAUAACCAUUAAAGGACGUCGUUUUUGGAGAUAAAGUAAUGCGGAACCUUUUGUAAAGACUACACAACCCACCCGGAAGCAAAUAGUUACGUACAUAGGAAAGUCAUAGCAUGGCGUCGGGCUACAUGAGCAAAAUAAACAGUCUAAUAUCGAGAUUUUCCAAAUGCAGCAGUUUGCGGCUUGCCCAAACUUGCUUGGGGCCAGUUCGAGAUGCGUCCAAUGUCCGUGGUCCUUCCAUUGAUGACUGCAGUGAUGUGGAGGUUGGUUUGACUUCAGACGGGAAGACUGUUGUGUGCUACCACCCAACCGUGGAGAUUCCUUAUGAGCUCACUCAGCCGAUCGAGAGGCCCGACCCGCUCAGCAGUCCUCCCGAGACCCACGAGCAGGUGCUGAAGGCCCACCUCAGCAAGGAGAUUUUGAGGGACAAACCGGGUCCCACCAUAGAGGAGCUGAGCAAGAUGUUUUUCACCACCAAACACCGCUGGUAUCCGGUAGGACAGUACCACAUGAGACGCAUAAAAAAGAAUACCCCAAAGGACAGAUAAUUGUCUUUAUGCAUAUCUUAUGAGUAUGUUUUUGUCAAAUAAAUACAUUGUUUUGCUUUGGUUGUAAC